AUAUUCCCAGGAUUGAUUCUAUCGGAUAUAAAGCCUGCCAAAAAGAUGAAGUUUAAGACAGUUUGCUACUUGCUUGUGCAGCUCAUGCACUGUAGGAAGAUGUUUAAGGCUGAGAUCCCCUUCUCAAAUGCCAUGAACUGUGAGGACGGUGACAAGGUAAGAUCUUUGAGUGUCUGUAUGUGUGUGGAUGUUUGUGUGUGUUGUAUAUGUGUGGGUGAGUUUGUGUGUUUUUGUGCAUGCUUGUGUGUGUGUGUGUGUUGUGUAAGGGAAUGUAGAGACGGAGAGAGAAAGUGUGUGUUUGUGUAUACAUGCGAGUACAUGUGUGUAGAUGUGUACAUACAUGUGUACGUGUGUGAGCAUGCAUGUGUGUGUACGUGUCUAUGUGCAAUGUGUGUGUCCCAACCAUCCAGACUUAGUUGACCUUCAUCAGUUUACUUUCAAUUCCUUUGGUAAUAUGGCUGAUUGUCAGUGUGUUUACUUGACCUGCUGUCCCUGUAAAGAAAUCCUAAAGUCUGGCUUCAGUUCAACUCUGGCUCAGGAUACUUAAAUCCAGAUACUCAGGUCUGUGUGGGUGUGUGUGGGAAAGGAGAUAUAAUCCAGCGGAUAAGAGCCAAAAUAAUCUUGACCUUUCAGAUAAAAGCAUAAAACUUAGUACAAUCAUUCUGUAAAGGGCAUAAGAAUAUCUGUGAUUACAUUUCUAUAAUAUGUCAUAGAGCUCUGAUGCUUCGUGAUAACCCUGGAUGAAAGCAUGUAAACAUAUCUUUCAAAAGGGAGGGGAUUGGAGUGUUGAAAUAUAUUCGACACAGAAUGAGAUAUUCAGAUUCAGGCCACACACACACACUCUCUCCAGGCUGUCGGAAAUGACAAAUGGACUCAGAGAGAGAAGGAGAGGGAGAGCGGGAGAUGGGAGACGAGGAAGGAGUGAAAGGAUGAGUGCCCUCGGAGCAGGCGUGGGUGUGUGAUGUGAUGAGUGUCCUAUGCUCCGUGGCACAUCUCCAAACAAUUGGGUCAUAUGCAGAGUGGGAGAUGGAGAGACUAAAGAGAGAGACUAGAGGGAAAGCGAGAGGGAGACGGGAGAGGAACGGGGUGAGAGCCAUAGAAACACGAAUUAGCACAAUCAAUGCACACACGCCUCCAAAACAACCGAGAGAAACUGAGGGGUGUUAAAGGAUGAAGGGUGAUGAGGAUGAAGUCAGUGGGGUGUGUGUUUGUUAACCUUCCUCAGCCAUCCUCAUUCGCUCUGUCGCCCCCCCGUCCCCAUUAUGAAGCCACUCUCUCCAGCCGCUCCAGCCGCUCCUCGCUUACCCACUGUUUCUCACGCUGUGACACUGAUUGGCCUCAGUCUGUACAGCUCACUGGCUUUCUUACUUUAUCCAGGAAGACUCACUCAGGCUACAUCCUAAAUGGCACCCUAUUCCCUAUAUAGUGCACUACUGGUCAAAAGUAGAGCACUAUGAAGGGAAUAGGGUGCCAUUUGGGACACAUCCUCAUUCCCACUGGUGUCAAAUCACUGCUUUUGCUCUGCUGCCCCACAUAGCCUACUGUACAAUAAUGAUGCUUCCAAGGGACAAUUAAAAAAAGGGGGUUUAGUUAGGUCAGAUAAUCAAUGUUAACUGUAGAGUAAAUAAUUGAUGUUUUGUUUGUUGUGUGAAGAUGAGCAUUUAUUAUGUUGAUGUCACUUAUCAAUUAAUGUGAAGUCAAGUCAACCACAAUGAUUGACUUUGUUUGAUUGCCCUUGCAGACAUUUUAAGUUUGGAGUACUAUUAGAACAACCUUUUUGUGUUUCUAGUUAAGUAUCUCUCUCCCCCACAAUGAUACCCAACAAUAGACAGUAGAGGCCCAGCAAUCUAUUUCCUCCAUGCCCCAUUGUUUUGAACAGCUGGUAUCAAACCCUCUGAACGUAGUUAAGUCAGGAUUCCGUUUCCCACAAUGCUGUGCCACAGCGGAGGGCCCUGCGGACGGCUCCAGAGAAGCUGCGGAACCGGACGUCGUUGUCGGCUAACGUGACCCAGGCCAGCCCGGGAACGCGGGUCAACCGCUACAUUGGUCGUCUAAUUGAGGCGAGGCAGACAGAGUCAGACACAGCUGACCUCAACUUUCUCACACUCAUGUAUAAGUGCUCUGAGCGCGAGCAGAGGGUGAGUAACUAUACUACAACAUACAUGCACAGACAUUCACACGCAAACAUUGCAACGUAAGGAAUACAAUUACUUUUGAAUGAGAUGUUUUGAUAGACAAUACACCCAUAAGAUGCUUUAAUAAUUGUUUUAUCUGAGACAUCCCUCUCUCUGGUUGCUCUGACAGUACCACCAGCUCCAUGAUGAGUACUUCACCAGCGCCGUGGUCCUCUCUCUAAUUCUAGCUGCCUUGUUUGGUCUUGUCUACCUUCUCAUCCUACCACAGUAUGUACUAGAUUAUUAGAGGAUAUCAUCCUACCACAGUAUGUACUAGAUUAUUAGAGGAUAUCAUCCUACCACAGUAUGUACUAGAUUAUUAGAGGAUAUCAUCCUACAACACAUGUUGUAGCUCUCUCUUUCUCUGUCCCUCUCUCUUUAUCUCUUGCUCUCUCUUUAUCUCUCUCUCUUUCUCUCUCUCGCUCUCUCUCUCGCUCUCUCUCUCAUUUUAGUAUAUGAUAUCGGACAGCAACACACUAUUUUUCUAGCUCUCUUUCUCUCUUUCAUUUGGCUGUAUGAUAUAUAACAGCAACAUACACUCUAUCUCUCUCUUUUUUUUCCUUUUGAUCUGCUGCCCCUUGAGUUGACUUCCACAGGCUCUGUCCACUAACUCACUAACUCUUCUUCUCCUCCUCUCUUUCCCCAAUUCCUCCUCUCUCCUGCUGCUGUCACCAGGGGAACAGUGGUUCUGGUCCUAUUGGUCUUCUGCAUCUGUUUCCUAGUAGUUUGUAUCAUGUACCUGCAUGUCACUAAAUUACAGGUAAAUGCCUACUUGAUGCCUUGGUCCAACUGAUUUAACAUUAUUUUACUUAUUCAUUCACUCACUUUUCUGCAGGGUUGAUUAGCUGUAAGUAGUUUUCCAUGGGUAGGUCAAGUGGUCACGAAAAACUCUUGGCCCAAGCUAUAAGUAAUUUGUGAUAAGUUAGUUAAUUUUGCAAAUAUAUAAAUGUUCUGCUGACAUCGGCAAAGAUUACAUUAUAUUUUCAUAAGUAGUUGAUAAUGAGAAUAUUCUAUAUGUAAAUUGAUGUCAAUGGCCUUCAGAAAAAGUUUCCCAGUACACUCAGUUUGCCUUCGAACUCAAUGCUAACUCUAUUAAUUUCAGCUUUUGUUGAGGUUGACAGAUUGACUUUUUCCAACUUCCCUAAACCCCUCAGCUAAUAUUACAUAAAUUAAGUUAUGAGUCUUUUCAAAUUCAAAUUCUGUGUGGUAAGCUUUUCUACUCUCCCUCCACUUUCAUCCUUAAUCUGUUUCUCAGUGUUUUCCAGGGUGCCUCACCAUUCAGAUCCGUACUGUUCUGUGUGUUCUCAUAGUGCUCUUAAUCUAUGCUGUAGCCCAGGCCUGUGUGGUAAGUAAGGUUAACAACAUGGCACUAAAAUAUCAAUAUUCAUGAUAUUCAUUGCAAUACACUUGAAAUCAUAAACGUAAAUGUCAUGUGAAUCAAAUAUGCAAAGAACCAACCUUCAAAUUACUGCUUGAGGGUUUUUACCAUCCUCUCCUCUCCUUCUCUCCCAGGUGGGCUGCAUGCCGUGGCUGUGGGGCAGUGCCCACCACUCUAACAGUUCCAUUGUCAUCAUUGACGCGAGCGACGAUGCCAACCGCACCAUGAUAGAGCUGCCGUGCGACGGUGUCCGCUACGCCUUCCUGUCGUGCAUUGUUGGCACGCUGACACUGGCGCUCUUCCUGCGCGUCUCCUGGAUGCCAAAGAUGGCCCUGUUGCUACUGCUGGGGGUGCUGUAUGUCACUGUGCUGGAGCUCAGUGGAUUCAGACGCACCGCCGGGUAAGAGAGAGGACAGAACAUACAUAUAUACACACAGGCGCGCAUACACCGCCGGGUGAGGGAGAGGACACACAAACAUUAUGUAUAUAAACAAGCACACACACCAGUGGAGGCUGCUGAGGGGAGGACGGAAUGGAGUAAAUGGGAUGGAGUAAAUGGAAUGGUAUCAAACACGUGUUUGAUACCGUGCCAUUCACUCCAUUCCAGCUAUACACUCCAUUCCAGCCAUUAUUAUGAGCCUUCCUCUCCUCAGCAGCCUCCACUGAUACACACACAGGAGGGUGAGGGGGAAAAAACUAAGGACAAAUACACCCAUCAUCCUCUCACUGUCAGUCCUAAAGCUAUACCCCUCAGAUUCACUAUGCUCCCCUGUCACUCACGUAUCUAAGGCCAUGAUGGAUUUUACAUGACAGUAGUGUCAGCUACGGUUUCCUCUUGGUUUGAUUUGGAGUGGGAACAAACAAACAACAGUCACAGGGACAUUUCCAUUUUGUGGGGACAUGUGUAGGAGGAGAGGAGUCUUUGCUUGUCCUCGACUUGCGCACUCUCAUGGGAACUCUCUCUUUGAGGAGGAGACACACAGUACAUGCUCAUUAACUCUAAACCAAAAGGCUGAGCUUACAAUGUAUGCUUUUGCUUGAUUCAGCCAAGCAUGUUAGCUACUCCUACUCAGUACCCAGGACCUAGUGCAGCUCAGAGCACAGACCCAUUGUAUAGCUACAAACAGAUGGUUUACUGCAGGAAUCAUCAACUAGAUUCAGCCACGGGACGAUUUCUUUCUUGAGGAGAUGGUCAGGGGGCCGGAACAUAAUUACAAAUCAUUUUUAGGCUGCAAAUUGACUGCAAGAAGCCCAAACAUAUAUAAUAUUUGACUAAAACGUAAUAAUUUCAAACCUUGCUUACAUUUGUAUAUGAUCACAUUAUUGGUGGACAUAAAAUACUGUAAAUACACCAGCAAAUCAGCUCCAAGUGAGUUUAAUUUUGGAAAUCUGUUCAAAGUAUUCCCACGCAGCAUCUCUCUAUUAUGCGAGGAUAGGGAGAUGCUGUAUAUUAUACAAUAUAUUAUACAGUAUCUCUCUAUAAUGUGUGGGAAUACUUUGGAACAGAUUUCCAAAAUUAAAAUCACCUGGAACUGGUUUGCUGCUGUUUUUACAGUCUUUUAUGUCCAACAAUAAAAAUAAGUUUGGGUAUUAUUUCUUGGCUCAGAAAACUUGGGAGGCUGCCAGUUGGGGAACCCUGGCUUACUGUAUAAUGUUGAAAAACUCUGAUAUCAUUGAGAUGGAAAACUACUUGUCGUUCUCUGAAGGGGCCUUAUUAUCCCUAAAUACUAUAUCUGUGCUGAGUGAAUGGUGUUUAUAUCACUGCUGGUUUAGGUCACCCUGUCCGUGUUUUCCUGUGAUUGUGGGUUUGUGGCCACACGGGGGGCCAGUAUGAAAAAUGUAUGCACUCACUAAUUGUAUGUCGCUCUGGAUAAGAGCGUCUGCUAAAUGACUAAAAUGUCAAAUGAUAUCACUGUUGGUUCUCACUUGUGGUUUCAUCCACAGUCCACCCCCUUAAUUAUUUGUGUAGUGGUCCAGUUCUAAUGUAUGUUGCUGACAUCAAAGUUGGUUCUCACAAAGUGGGGGGUCCCUCCAUAUCUCCCCUGUGAAGUUGUACUCCCCACAGUAUUUAUGUGGUCCCCCACUCCCCCUUUUUUUAAUGAUGUUGUACAGUCCUACUGUAUUAUGUUGCUGACGUCACUGUUAGUCUGUUCCCACAGUGGGGGGUCUAUCCACAUCUCCCCACUUCCCCUGUUAAUUAAUGAUGUGGUACAGUCCUACUGUGUAUGACUUAUGUUGCUAACAUCUCUGUUGGUGGGGCGGGGGGGUCUCUGUUGGUCUUCCUUUUGAAGAUUGUUGCUGACGUCUCUGUUGGUUUGUCCCACAGUGGGGGGUCUAAUCUCCAGAUCCAGGGCUAUGAGCCCAUCCUGUCCCUGCUACUGUUCACCAGUGCCCUGGCCCUCCACUCCAGACAGCUGGACCUCAAACUACGACUGGACUUUCUUUGGGCCACACAGGUGUGUGUGUGUGUGACUUUGUGUGUGUGUGACUGUAUGAGCUGUUGUCCUAUGCAUAGAUCUAGCUAGCUUAUGAAAACCAUGCUUUACUCAUCCUCCAGCCUUCUGUUGUGAGCAUACCAUGCCAAGUCAUAUUUGGAGGCUUUUGGCUGUUAAAGCUGCUGGCAGUUGCUAGCAUGGUGGUGGCUGAUAUUGGCAUGGUUGGUUACGAUAGGACACAGGGCUGAUAUUGACAUGGUUGGUUACGAUGGGACAAGGGACUGAUAUUGACAUGGUUGGUUAUGAUAGGACAAGGGUUGCAAAAUUCCGGGAACUUUCAAUAAAAUCCCUGGUUUUCUCCAAAUCCCAGUUGGAGGAUCACGGAAAUCCGGAAUCCUCCAACCAGGAAUUCUGGAAAACCAGGGAAUUUAUUGAAUGUUCCCGGAAUUUUGCAACACUAGGUAGGACAAGAGGGUGAUAUUGGCAUGGUUGGUAAGGAUAGGUCAGGACAAGUCAUUGAUAUUGACAUGGUUGGGUACAAUAGAGCCGCUUGGCUGGUAGGACAGUUAUAGUCUCUAGUAGGGUUUGGCUUUAGGUUUGGACCUUUAACUAUUGAUUCUUCCCAGUGCUCCUUGUCCACAAUGUCAGGCUAACACGGUGCCUCAGUUCAGGUGUACAUUUAGAGUUUAUACUGGCACCUUGUGGUAUGAGCUUUGAACUGCAGGCUUGAGUUGUACUGUGGGGUGAAUAUAAGGUUCCGGUUUUAUUCAAAUUGUUGUGUGUGUGUUUGUGUUUGUGUGUGUGUGUGUGUGUGUGUGUGUGUGUGUGUGUGUUGUCAGGCAGAGGAGGAGAGGGAUGGCAUGGAGAAGGUCAAGCUGGACAACAGGAGGAUUCUCUUCAACCUGCUUCCUGCUCAUGUGGCGCAACACUUCCUCCUGUCCAACCCCAGAAACAUGGUGAGUCCUACAUAGACGGACGGACAGAUAGACAGACAGACGCAGGCAGGCAGGCAGGCAGGCAGGCAGGCAGACAGACACAAACAGUAUUGUUUCAUGAAGGAUAUUACCUUUCCUUCAAAGGAUCAAUAGUGUGAUUAAUAGUACCUUGUAUUGAUCACAUGAUAAAAAAACACAUUAUACACAAAACAAAAAAAUAUAAACGCAACAUGCAACAAUUUCAACGAUUUUACUGAGAUAUAGUUCAUAUAAGGAAAUCAGUCAAUUUAAAUAAAUUCAUUAGGCUCAAAUCUAUGGAUUUCACAUGACUGGUCAGGGGCGCAGCCCACUUGGGAGCCAGGUCCACCCACUGGGAAGCCAGGCCCAGCCAAUCAGAAUGAGUUUUUCCCCACGAAAGGGCUUUAUUACAGACAUAAAUACUACUCAGUUUCAUCAGCUGUCCGGGUGGCUGAUCUCAGACAAUCCCGCAGGUGAAGAAGCCGAAAGUGGAGGUCCUGGGCUGGCGUGGUUACAAAUGGUCUGCGGUCGUGAGGCCGGUUGGACGUACUGCCAAAUUCUCUAAAACGACAUUGUAUAGGCUUAUGGUAUAGAAAUUAACAUUCAAUUCUCUGACAACAGCUCUGGUGGACAUUCCUGCAGUCAGCAUGCCAAUUGCACGCUCCCUCAAAACUUCAGACAUCUGUGGCAUUGUGUUGUGUGACAAAACUACACAUUUUAGAGUGGCCUUUUAUUGUCCCCAGCAAAAGGGGAUUCUUGAUAUACCACACCUGUCAGGUGGAUGGAUUAUCUUGGCAAAGGAGAAAUGCUCACUAACAGGGAUGUAAACAAAUCUGUGCACAAAAUUUGAGAGAAAUAAGCUUUCUGUGCGUAUGGAACAUUUCUGGGAUCUUUUAUUUCAGCUCAUGAAACCAACACUUUACAUGUUGCAUUUAUAUUUUUGUUCAAUAUACAGUAUACCUAUUUGGCCUAGUGACUAAGGUUGGCUAUGUGUUUUCCUAUAGGAUCUGUAUUAUCAGUCCUAUGCCCAAGUCGGAGUGCUGUUUGCUUCCAUUCCCAACUUCAAUGACUUCUACAUUGAGCUGGAUGGGAACAACAUGGGAGUGGAGUGUCUGAGACUACUCAAUGAAAUCAUUGCUGAUUUUGACGAGGUGAGGAUGUUGGCUGCUACAGUUUACUGGGAAAUGAACAUUAUUUGUUGGCUUCUCCACUGUAUAGAUGUGAAUCAAAUUUUUCCUCAGCUCAUGGAUAAAGAAUGCUAUAAGGACAUAGAGAAGAUCAAAACCAUUGGCAGCACGUAUAUGGCAGCUGUGGGUCUAGUCCCCACCAUCGGAACAAAGGCAAGUGUGUGUGUUUGUGUGUUUGUGUGAGUGUGUGCGGUGCGGUCUUGCCUGUGUUCGUUAAAUUAAAGAAAUUAUGAAUAUAACGAGGACAAUGAAUGACUGAUAAUUAAAUGUAAUCUUUGUUUACUUCCUUAAUCCCAUCAUAGGACAAAAAAUCGGUCUAUGAUCACCUGAGCACAGUGGCAGACUAUGCUAUUGAGAUGUUCGAUGUGCUGGAUGAAAUCAACUACCAGUCAUACAACGACUUUGUCUUGAGAGUGGGUAUCAAUGUGGGUCCAGUUGUGGCGGGGGUGAUCGGGGCCAGGAGGCCUCAGUAUGAUAUCUGGGGGAACACAGUGAAUGUGGCCAGCCGCAUGGACAGCACCGGAGUCCCUGGCAAGAUACAGGUACUGUUAGGGCCGUGCACAGAGUUUCAUAAUUCAUAACUCUAAAUUCAAAACAUACCAACUGCCUUUGUAGGCAAAAUGUCAACAUUUAUAGGCCUAUAUAUUUCCUGCAACAACACACUCACUCAUCACACAUUGUAGGCAAGCUAGUGCCAGUGACUCCUAGGCCAAGAAAGAACAUGAGAUGAUUGACAUGGCGAAAAGAGUGGCUAUCAGCUGAUCAGAGCGAAUUAUGAUGUAGGCUAUAUAUGCUAGCUAAUUAGCUAUGCUGUCGGAAACAAACUAGUUUUUACUUGAUUUGAGUUUGUUCUGCUGCUGACAUUUGCCUCUUACUAACAAGCAGUCAGAUUGCCCCAUUCUUUGACCAUAACAGUGAGAGACACCAAUGACAGACCCAACUCAAAAGUAGCCUCCUACAAAUUGGCCUAUUCAUGUCUCCCCGCCUAGUGCCCGCAGCCAGUGGCCACGCAUGCAAGUCAGAGCAGUGCGCUCUUUGGGCGGGACGGCGGGGGAGAGGGUAUUUUCUGAGAUUUAAGAGAUUAUCAAAUCAGAUAGUUUGAUGUGCAAUUUGUUACAUUUAAAAUUAAAACAAAAAUUAAAAGACUACUUUUUUUUUAAACACCGAGCUGCUAGGGCACCUUUUCAUAGGAGGGCAAAAGGGCAAGUGCUCGGGCACUGGUUGAGCCCGAUCUGUGCGUGUGUCUGUGUACUGUACUACAUUAUGAGUUACGAUUGAGGCCUGUUGAUUGGCUCAGAGUACAGUGCCUUGCAAAAGUAUUCAUCCCCCUUGGCGUUUUUCGUAUUUUGUUGCAUUACAACCUGUAAUUUAAAUUGAUUUUUAUUUGGAUUUCAUGUAAUGGACAUACACAAAAUAGUCCAAAUUGGUGAAGUGAAAUGAAAAAAAUAACUUGUUUCAAAAAAUUCUAAAAAAUAAAUAACAGAAAAGUGGUGUGUGCAUAUGUAUUCACCCCCUUUGCUAUGAAGCCCCUAAAUAAGAUCUGGUGCAACCAAUUACCUUCAGAAGGCACAUAAUUAGCUAAAUAAAGUCCACCUGUGUGCAAUCUAAGUGUCACAUGAUCUGUCAUAUGAUCUCAGUAUAUAUACACCUGUUCUGAAAGGCCCCAGAGUCUGCAACACAACUAAGCAAGGGGCACCACCAAGCAAGCUGCACCAUGAAGACCAAGGAGCUCUCCAAACAGGUCAGGGACAAAGUUGUGGAGAAGUACAGAUCAGGGUUGGGUUAUAAAAAAAUAUCAGAAACUUUGAACAUCCCACGGAGCACCAUUAAAUCCAUUAUAAAAAAAUUGAAAGAAUAUGGCACCACAACAAACCUGCCAAGAGAGGGCCGCCCACCAAAACUCACGGACCAGGCAAGGAGGGCAUUAAUCAGAGAGGCAACAAAGAGACCUAAGAUAACCCUGAAGGAGCUGCAAAGCUCCACAGCGGAGAUUGGAGUAUCUGUCCAUAGGACCACUUUAAGCUGUACACUCCACAGAGCUGGGCUUUACGGAAGAGCAGCCAGAAAAAAGCCAUUGCUUAAAGUAAAAAAUAAGCAAACACGUUUGGUGUUCGCCAAAAGGCAUGUGGGAGACUCCCCAAACAUAUGGAAGAAGGUACUCUGGUCAGAUGAGAGUAGAAUUGAGCUUUUUGGCCAUCAAGGAAAACAGAGAUUUGAGACUGGGACGGAGGUUCACCUUCCAGCAGGACAGUGGGAAACAUUUAAAUGUCUUGGAAUGGCCUAGUCAAAGCCCAGACCUCAAUCCAAUUGAGAAUCUAUGUGAUGACUUAAAGAUUGCUGUACACCAGUGGAACCCAUCCAACUUGAAAGAGCUGGAGCAGUUUUGCCUUGAAGAAUGGGCAAAAAUCCCAGUGGCUAGAUGUGCCAAGCUUAUAGAGAUAUACCCCAAGAGACUUGUAGCUGUAAUUGCUGCAAAAGGUGGCUCUACAAAGUUUUGACUUUGGGGGAGUGAAUAGUUAUGCCCGCUCAAGUUUUCUGUUUUUAUGUCUUAUUUCUUGUUUGUUUCACAAGGAAAAAUAUUUUGGAUCUUCAAAGUGGUAGGCAUGUUGUGUAAAUCAAAUGAUACAAACCCCCCAAAAAUCAAUUUUAAUUCCAGGUUGUAAGGCAACAAAAUAGGAAAAGUGCCAAGGGGGGUGAAUACUUUCGCAAGCCACUGUAAAUCUUGUUGUAUGACAGUGGUUUAACCUCUCUCUCUCUCUCUUUCUCUUCCUUCCUCCUUCCCUCCCUCCCUCCCCAAGGUAACAGAGGAUGUGUACCGGAUCCUGGGGGAUAACUAUGACCUGGUGUGCCGGGGCAAGGUCAGCGUGAAGGGUAAGGGUGAGAUGCUCACCUACUUCCUGGAGGGCAAGGUCCACAGCACCGGCUGCGCCCCCACGUCCUCCGUGGUGCGCUCUGCCAGCCUGAACCGCCGCGCCCACUCCUGCGGUAAGGCCAGCAUUCCCACCAAACUGGGCAGCGUCAACUCUGUCGCCAGCUUCACUGUCCGUGCCAGCAUGGUCAGCCUCGGUGGCAUGGGUAACAGCAGCUCUAGCCCCAGUGUCAACGUCCACCCUGCACCAUGCUUGCCCUCGCGCUGCGUGCCCACUCUGGGAGAGGAGAAUGAAGAAGAGGAGACAGAGGUAGAUGUGGGAGGAGUGGCAGUGUAG